GUCAUUUUGAGAGCUGCGGUCAAAGAAAGAGGUUGUUGGCCAAAGAGCAGUCGACAGCUAAUUACCAGUAGAAGUCGGGUUAGCAAACAAACAAACCAUAUUUGCAUAUUGCAUAGUGCUCGAUCGAUUGCUUACUGAGCAGACGGUACGAAAUGGCACCACCAGUUUAUCAAGCUACUGUGACCGAGGAAAUGGUCUACAACAACAACAGUUAUUACAGCUUUGCAGAGCGCUGGACAGCCGCUGAAAUCGAACCAGUGAUCAGUAUGUCCGAACACUCGACCCCAGAGAGCAGCUGGUGUGAUUCAGACGACAAGAAGACGUACACCGAGCUUGGUACAUCCAUGUCUUCGCAGUCGUCAAGUGGCUGCUCUGACGUGUUCACUUCGGACGAUUCAAACUCGAUCCCGAGUACAGUCCUACAGUACAUGCAGACAAAAGACCGAUCCCUAGACGACUGGAGAUACAAGCAUCCCCAGCGCUGGACCAAGACCGAGGUCAUGGGCUUCCUCCACUACUUCGGCGAGCUCUCUGGCUUCGACAUCAGAAACUUCUACGGGGAGCGCUUCCAAGACGUCACGGGUGAGCGGCUGUGCGCCAUGACCAAGGAAGACCUUCUGGCCAAGGACCCAAACUAUGGCGAGGAUAUCUACACGUUUUUGAGAAGGAUGGCGACAGAUCAGAUGGCAAUCAAAAGUCCAAAUGCUUCCUAUUUGGAUGGAAGCGGUCCAAUGUUCGGCCUCCCCGCCACCAAGGAAGAAGAACUCUACGCAGGAGAAUACCUCUGGAACCUUGGCUCGGACCCUGUGGACUUUGACGACCCACCAGAGAGCAUCGACUUCUCUGUGCAGAUCGGCGCCACGACCUACGCCUACCCAAUCAACCCUAACCCGAAAAGCUUGGAGAAUCUGCCACUGACCAUGCCUUCAGUCCCUACAGGACAGUCUCAAUACAAGUUGCCCCUGCAAGACCCCUUCACGAACUCUCAGUCCUUCGGGUCUCACUCUCAGCACCAGUCCAGUUACUACCCGUCUCCCUUUGAGACGAAGAUUAAGGUGGAGCAUGGCACUGACAGAAAGUCGAGGCGUGUUCCCAUGAAGAAACCGAGGGGCCGCGUACACAAGUCCUCCUUCCAUUCGUCCUCAGGCGAUGAGAGUUCUGAUAGUGAGAUGGACAUCAAGCCAACAAAGAGAGGAAAGGGUAACAGACUGUGGGAGUUUAUCGCGGGCCUCCUCAAGAACAGCCAUUGCAACCCCCGCAUCAUUAAAUGGGAGGACAAGGCCAAUGGUAUCUUCAGGAUCGUGCAGUCUCAGACCGUGGCAAACAUGUGGGGAGGCAAAAAGAACAAUGAUGGCAUGACGUACGAGAAACUGAGCAGGGCUUUAAGAUUCUCCCGGACCGCUGGCUACUUUGCUGACGUACCUAAAGAUGGGCGCUACCCCAAGAAGCUUUGCUUCAAGUUUGGUGACAGGGCCAUCAUUGACUUCUAAUGGCUAUAGUCUGAAAGGUAUUACAGCCGUUGCAAUCUCACAAUCCAUCCACCAAAUGGGACACGAGACGAGACGACAGGCAUUCAGCCUUACCUCAAGCCAUCCGUGAUUGCAUUGGACAAUAUCCUUGACCAAAUUCUCAUAAAACGCCUUACACUGCCAACUGGACAUUUUUUACCGAGAUCCCGCUGGCUGCAGGCAGCUAUGCGUUUUUCAGUAUACGUUUGUAUGGCUGAACUGAUAAAAUUUUUGGAAUUCUCGCACGCCGGCAAUUGACUCAAAAGCGUUGACGUCACGACAAAUUGACUGUUUUGUCAUGUGAAUUGGACGAUACGUCAUGGUCAUGUGACUAGCAGGGUCGUCAGCUGCACCGGACGUCCCGUCAAUACAGCGUCGUCUGACGGUGGCCAGUGGUACCAGGCUAGUCAGCUGCCGGAUACUGGAAGCAAGUUGUACAGUGUUUUGCACAUUCUUGCAAAGUUGAGUUGGAACCAGUUAGGGCCCUCCAUAAUCAAAAGUGUGUUUGUGUGAACACGUUUGUGUUGAAAUUAAAGUGUAUACAUGUACUUGUUUCCAGUUUGGGAGAAUAUUUGGGCCGAUGCAAUGUUAGAUGCAUAGUUUUAGAUGUAGAUACUCCAAAAAGAAAUUAAUAUAUUUAACGAGAAAUGACACUGUCUGUAAAUAAGAGAAUUAAGCAAAAAAUUUAUAAACGUAUUGGGUAGGUUUACUUUGAUAUUCGUACAGUUUUAAUUUUAAUCAACUCGUUCGAUAUUGCCGAAGUUAUGAACUGCUGAAGAUGCUGAUGCAAGAAGGUGGCAAAUGCUAUUAAAUUGCGUUAGUGGUUACAUAUUUACUUGUAUCAGCUUCGUCUUAAAGAAAUGUUUGCUUGUCCUCGGCUGUAAUAGGUAUUGUACAAAACAGAUUCGUUUUGGAGUCAAAUGUUGAAUCACAGGUACACGUGGUUUAUGAGUAAUCCCAUUGGGGAACAUGCAUAUGAACGCUUUUUUUAUAAAUCAUUAGAAAUAGUUUAUAAUUGUAUAAGGUCAAUUGCAUCGAUCUAAAGGCCUGUGCAUUACAAGGAUUAAGUAACCUGAUGAGAUUUUUCAUUAGUCUCAUUGUGACUCUUGUCCAUCGUCUCGAAAUGGAAAGAAAUAGCACUUAUGACUGGAUCUCGACCCAUUUUCUGAAUACGUGAUUAUUGGUGAUAAAUUUGACUCGCAAGAUACAGAUAUAUGUUGAGAAGAGGUGACACCACUAAUAAAUCGGCAAACCUGGCCAGUCGGUUUCCUCGAAACCCAAAUCUUGAUGCCAUUUGGUCAUGUCUAUCUUUAGACUUGAUGUGACACCACUAAUAAAUCGGCAAAUCUGCAUGGCCAGUCGGUUUCCUCGAAACCCAAAUCUUGAUGCCAUUUGGUCAUGUCGUCUAUCUUUAGAUUUGCUGCAGGAAUAAACACUAAUGGAAUGUUUUAAUUCAUGAUAAUCUCAAUCUCGCAUGCUUCAAAAAAGGGGUUAUUUUCAUUGUAUAUGAGGUUUCACUUUAAUCAUCGAACUCGUGUGAUAUAGCAUGUUUAGGUGUAGUUUUAGACUUCAUUGGAUCGGUAGUUUUGGACAGUCAUUGGCUUCAUUUCUGUCAUUUAAUUCAAACGGUUUGGUCUGUAAUUCGCAAACCCGUUUUAUGUCAUAUUUCAUUUCAAUAAAGAGUAUUUUUGUAAUGUUUCAUAUUAUAGAUAGAUAUAUUUGCUAUUCAUAAUAAACCCGCUGGCGGACGUUUAGAAU